AUGAAGGAUAGAAGUUGUUUCAAUAGGGAAACUUCAAAUGAACUGUCGUUUCUCAGCAUUAAAGAAUUUACCCGAAACAAACCUUUGAAGGAAAAAAUCGCUUGGGGAAAAUUAAUUAUUCGAAUAUUAAGACAACGUUCUUCUUAUGUUGAAAUUUUCACAUGUUUGCUUCAUGAGUGA